AUGGCUCGUGUCAUCGGGAACAAAAAAUCUUUAUGGCAACAGAUAUGUGAAGAACACGAGUCGGAGCAGCCCAGACCACCCGGAGAUGACUGGACAGACUGCAGCUCCGUUAGCACUCGGGUGUCGCAGUACAGCGCAAGUAAACACACGCCAGUCUUCUAUGGGCUCAUGACUGCAAAGAUGACAGUGGACGAUAACCCGCUCAGGGACGUGGACCCCCUGCUGUGUCACCCUGCGCUGGCCGGGUACGCUGUGCUGGAGAAACCCGCAUCCUCUCGGCACCGUCGAUCUCACUGUAGACCCUUCAGCCCGACGCCCCCACUGCACACCUCCUCCGUCACUCAGUUCCUGGAGAAGAAAGUGUUUCCAGUGCUGCUCCCUGGACUGGAGGCCAUGCUGAGGGAGGCCCAGGGACACAAGUGCCUGGAGAGGAGGAGAACCAGGUUCAACCCCUGUGAUUUCCUGACAGAGUGGUUGUACAAUCAGAACCCUCGCAGGGUAGGCCAGCAGCCCGCGGUGGACUUUGAAGAGAUCCCCUUUGUCCAGGAUUGGCUGAGCAAGCACCCCCGGCCUCCCAUCCCCCUGUCCUUGAUGCUGUCGGACGAGGAGGCGGCGGUUCUGAUCCAGUCCUUCUGGCGCGGCUACAAGGUGCGGGCCCGUGCAGACGUGCAGGAGCUGCGUCAGUGGCAGAGGGAGCUGCGUGAGGAGAGCCGUGACAUCACCAGGACGGUGCAGGAGUUCUGGGCCCGGCAGGAGAGCAGAGUGGGGCAGGAGAUGGAGGACCUUGACGAGCCGACGCAGCCCAACAGCUCGGGGGUGUCCAUCCUGGUGCUGUCCCCCACCCCGCAGAGCACCAUCGUCCUGUCCCCGACCGCGCAGCUGACCGCCGAGAGCCUGGAGGCCCUCACCCCCUCCGCCCAGGGCGUCGACCCCCUGGGCCACACCCUGCACAGCACCGAGUCCCUGCCUCUGCCCGAUGAGAACUUAGCUGCCAUCUCCCCCUCCUUACAGAGCGCGGCCAUACUGUCCCGAAACGCUGCUCCAGGCACGGGGAGUGUGUGA